AUGGCACCACGCAAACCCGCCCCCCCCUCCUCCCCCUCAGAAACAACCCUCACCGAAAUAAACGCCACCGACCUCUCCCUCCUAGGCGCGCAACUCCACCCCCCCGCCCCCACGGCACCCAUCCGCGCAACCCCUCACGACCUGCGCGUAGCCACCGCCGUGGAGAUCGAAGCCGGGCCGUCGAAAAAACGGCCCCGAACACCCGGGUACUACGAGAGCGACGAGGAAGGCUUUCCGGACGAUGCGGCGGGGGGUGAGCGGGCGGAGGAUCUGGGGCGGGGGAAGAGGGUUAGGAAACCUGCCGCGACGACGGGUGCGGGGCCCGUGAAGAAGGCUGUUAAAAAGACGACGAAGCGCCGUGCGAAGAAGCGGGGUGGUCCUGAGGGUGAGGAUCUCAGCGACGAUGAGGAUGAGGAUAGCGAGGGUGAGAAGCUGGUGAAGAAGCCGGCUAAGAAGUCGGGAAAGAAAACUCCCGCUCAGGAAGUAGGGGAUGGGGUAUCGCCUGCUACUAUGCGGCGGGAGAUUGCUGGUCUUGUGGGGCAGAGUCUGCGCGUUGCGGUUACGUUUGCUCAGUUUUUGAGGGAUCGGGGGGAUGUGGAGGAUGGGCAGGAGGAGGAGGCGGAGCAGAUGGAGAGGGAUGUUACUACUGCUAUUCGGAACAGGAAGAGGAAGGCUGAGGUGCGCGAGGAGGAAAAGGUUGUGAAGAAGAGGGCUCCUGCGACGAGGAAGAGAUGA